AUGACCAGAAACGUCCUCGAGAUUCCGUUCCGACGCACCCACCCUGUCGACCUCUCCUCUGCCAUCAAACAAUACAUUUCCAGCAAAUAUGAACAAUCCCCUGCCAUGUUCGCAGACGAUCUGCGCGAAAUCGACCGCCUCCGUGCCGAUGCCAUCACCGUUCUUGAACCGCAUGUCAGUGGGAUCAAACGGUUGGCUCAAUAUGCCGCCCAACUACGCUACCUUGGUGGGAAGUUCCCUAUAGACAUCGGCGUGGAUUUUCCUUGGUACCCGGCGCUGGGCUAUGACAGGGCCACGGCGGUGAUACAGAACAACCUCCGAUUUGAGCUGGCCAACAUCCUGUUCAACCUGGCGGCUCUAUACUCGCAGUUGGCCUGUGGGACGAACCGAACGACCAUUGAAGGACUCAAGGCCGCGGCUGAGUAUUUUGUAGCCGCAGCGGGCACGUUUUCAUUCAUGCGCACGGAGGUACUGCCGGACAUGCGAUCGACACCACCAGAAGAUAUGGACGAUAUAACGUUGGACAGUCUACAACAACUAUGCCUGGCUCAGGCGCAAGAGUGCUUCUGGCAGAUCACGAUCAAGAAGAACAUGUCGGACGGGACGGUUGCAAAACUGGCCGCAAAGGUUUCCGACUACUACGUCUUCGCGGCGGAUGCAGCUCGACAGUCUCGGGCAGUCAGUGCCGAAUGGAUCCAUCAUUUCCAAGCCAAACACCAUCACUUUGCUGCCGCGGCGCAGUUUCGCCAGUCUCGAUAUUGUCUGCAGAGCAAACAGUAUGGAGAGGAAGUGGCUCGGCUAAGAGAUAGUAUUGCUUGCGUGAACGAGGGACUGCAGGAAGCCAGAUGGAUCAACGCCACGGUGCUGGGAGAUUUGAACGGUCUGAAGACAAGAGUGGCGGAAGAGUUGAAAAGAGCUGAAAGGGACAACGACAUGAUCUACCUCCAGGCGCCCACACCGAAAUCAGAGCUGCGAAUAUUGGAUCGGACGAACAUGGUGGCCGCCAAAACACCGUCAGAUGUUGCGAACGGUAUUUCUUUACUCGGGGAGGGUCAAGCCUUUGGGAGGCCACUGUUCGAAAAGCUCGUGCCGUAUGCGGUGCAUCAAGCUGCUUCGAUCUACGCAGAUCGCAGGGACCGGCUUGUCCAUCAAUCCAUCAUUGCGGAUCUCGAGGCCAUGACUGCCCGAUUGCGAGAAGUGCUACAGUCGCUCGACUUACCUGGCUCAUUGCAGGCGCUGGAGAAACCGUUGGGCUUGCCGGGCAGUUUGGUGUCAAAAGCAGAAGAGCUUCGACAACAAGACGCGUUGUAUCGAAUCAAGAGGGCCAUCGACGAUACCACCAAGCUGAAGACGAACGAUCUUUCGAUCUAUCAGGAAGGGUUGGCGCUGCUUGAGGCGGAAAAGACCGAAGACGACAGGCUACGUGCAAAGUACGGCACGGACAGGUGGGAUCGUCCGCCAUCCACGACCGCGCUGGCGAAGCUGUACCAGACGUCCAAGGAACUACAGACCUAUCUCAAUUCAGCCGCGUCGAGUGACAAUCUGGUGCAGUCCAAGUUCCGGGAGAAUGAACACAUUCUUCGAAUCCUGACAGGCACGAAUCGAGACCUGGAGCGCUUCGUCCCCUCGUCCGAUCAAGUGGCCAUGACCCCAGCCAUCGAACAAGCCGCGUCUCGCCUCAGAAGCUGUCUCAACGAGGUGUCUCGACUAGAAACACGACGAAAGAGUCGCAUCAACGCACUGAAAGAAAAAACCAACGCCGACAAUAUUGGCCCAGCUCUGCUCGCCGAAGCGGCGCGUUUGGAGCGCGAAUAUCCAAUGCAGAAGAUCGAGCCGGGCCAGUUUGAGAAACUCUUCGAAACCCGUCUCGCGGCCUACGAGCCCGACCGACAAGCGCUGGACAUGGAUCAAGAAGAACAAGACCAGGUCGUGGCUCGCUUGCGGGAGGCCAAUAAGGCGUUUAUGGAAGCCCGGCGCGGCGACACCAGUACGACGCGAGACCGCCAGAAGGCUCUCCAGGCCCUCGAGACGGGCUACGCCAAAUAUAAAGAACUCAUCAGCAAUCUGGACACGGGCCGGAAAUUCUACAACGAUCUCGCCGGCCAUGUCACGCGGUUUAGGGAGAGCUGUAAAGCCCAAGUCGCCCAGCGGAGGGUCGAGGCUAGUCAGCUCGAAUCCGAAUUCGCCAGUCAAGAUAUGGGUCGAUUGAACUUGGAAGAGACGAGACGGGAGUUGACUGGCCAGAGUCAGAACCAGAACCAGAACCAGAAUCAGGUAGUACAGCAGCAGCAGCCUCUACCACAGCAGACCCAAGCGCACCCACAGACGAGAAGCAGUAGUCGACAUCCUCCUCAACAGCAACAGCAACCGCAACAACAUACAAUUCAGGCCUAUGCUCAAGCUCAGGCUCAGGCCCAGGCUCAACUUCAACCUCAGAUCCAACGUCAACCGAUCAACGAUCAAGAAGGCAUAAGCGCACCCGUCCCAACCAGGACCAUUGUUCCUCCACCAGCAGCAGCGGCAUCAUCCCCUUCCUCCUCAACCGCGCCAUUGCCGGUCGGCGGCGUCUCCGGCGGCACCAUCGGCGGCGGAGGCGUCUGGUCUCCUGACAUGGGAAUCCGGUUCGGCGGCCAGAACAAUCGGCCCGGACAGGCGGGGUAUCCUGUUCCCAGGAGGCCUUGA